CUCGUGCCGCAGAACGUCGCCGAGUCCGAGAAAAUAACGCACAUAAAUAAUAAUAACAAAAAGCGGCAACGGAGAGAGGGGGCGUCUGUCAGGGAACGUCGUGCACCUGGAAAAACCGCGGAAAUGAAAUGAGGCUCAGAAAUGGAACUGUCGCCGUUGCCGUGGUUCUGCUCACUUCCCUCGUCAGCGUGUCCUGGUACACGGGCUGGCAAAGCGAGAAAGAGAAGCUGCUAGUCUACCAGCGUGAGUUCCACAGUCUGAAAGAGCGUCUACGUGUGGCAGAACACAGGACACUGCAGCGUUCCUCUGAGCUCAGAAGCAUCCUGGAGCAAUUCAGACGCAUCAUUGUGGAUGCCAGUGGCAGCAGGAACACCAGCGUCUCAGAUGAAACCCAGAACCUGCUGAAAGAACUUGCCCAUAAAAAACCUCUUCAGGUACCAAACAUCUACUACCACAUGCCACAUCUACUCAACAGCCCAGAAAGCCUGCAUCCAGCUGUGCUGGUAGGGCAGGGCAGGAAAGGAGUGUCCAUAGUGAUGGGGAUCCCAACGGUGAAGAGGCAAGUCAGGUCUUACCUGGCAGAGACCCUGCACUCACUCAUCAACAAGCUGCUGCCUGAGGAGAAGCUGGACUGUGUGCUUGUCGUGUACGUUGGUGAGACGGACACAGACUUUGUUCACAGUGUCAUUCGGAGCCUGGAGAAAGAGUUCUCAAGUGAGUUCAGCUCUGGACUGCUAGAGGUCAUCUCCCCACCUGCCAGCUACUACCCUGACCUCAACAACCUGAAGGAGACCUUUGGUGACUCGAAGGAAAGAGUGAGGUGGCGAACAAAGCAGAAUUUAGACUACUCUUUUCUAAUGAUGUAUGCUGCCAGCAAAGGGCUUUAUUAUGUCCAGCUGGAAGAUGACAUUGUGGCCAAACCAAACUACUUUGGCAUCAUGAAGAACUUUGCCCUCCAGCUCUCCACUGAGGACUGGAUGAUCUUGGAGUUCUCCCAGCUUGGAUUCAUUGGGAAGCUGUUCCAGUCUCCAGAUCUGAACCUAGUUGUGGAGUUCAUCCUUAUGUUCUACAAAGAGAAGCCCAUUGACUGGCUUCUGGACCACAUACUCUGGGUUAAAGUGUGCAGCCCAGAGAAAGAUGCAAAACACUGUGAGAGGCAGAAGUCAAGCCUUCGGGUGCGAUUCAGACCUUCUCUCUUCCAGCAUGUCGGCCUUCACUCUUCCCUAACAGGAAAGAUUCAGAAACUCACGGACAAGGAUUUCUUGAAGCCGGUUCUUCGCAACAUUCACAUGAACCCUCCUGCGGAGUUGUCCACAACCUUGAAGGUAUAUCAAGGGCAUAAUCUUGAAAAGGCUUACACAGGGGAAGACUUCUUCUGGGCCACUACCCCCAUCGCUGGGGACUACAUCCUCUUCAAGUUUGACCAACCAGUUAACAUAGAAAGGUACCUCUUUCGGAGUGGAAGCCCAGAACAUUCUGGAGACCAGAUAGAGAACACCAACAUUGAAAUCCUACCUUUCUUGGAAACUAAACUGCAGUUCAAUGACAAAUAUAAACAAACAAAGGACCGCUUUUACAUAGUUGGUCAGUUUGAGAAUGGUGUGACGGAAGGAUCGUUGGACCCCGUGUUUAACCCUGUGGCAGCAAUGCGUCUGGCUGUGCAAAGAAACUCUUCAGUGUGGGUUGUUCUCAGUGAGAUUCACAUCAAGAAACUGCCAGGCUAACGUGCCAUGGUGGGGCUACAAUGUCAGGGUCCCUAAGGACCCAUGUCGGCUGUCCCACCCAACGCUGACAACAGCAAGGACGAUGCCCUGAUGUCCCAAUGGAAUCACACUACCUCAGAUACUGUUAAUACUACCGAAAUAUAUUCUUCAAUGAGAAGUAGAUAAUAUGUCAGAAUAAAGGACUGACAUGGGUGGAGGUAGAGCUGCUGUUGUGUAAGGGGCUACUGAACAGCGCUGCCCGUAAUGAGGUGUACUGCACUGCACUGAUUCAAUCCACAUGCCAUCUGAACCCGUCCCAUUCGUGCUUGUUCUGCAGAACAAUUGAAAUAGUUCCAAAACAUAUGCUGUUACAGCUAUAAGAGGGUCAGCAAACUCCUCGGCCCAGUUCCUGCAAUUAUUGCUUAUGUUUUAGUAACAGUUUAACAGAAGGCUUUCAUUUCUUUACAUGCUGUGGAGUUGUUCUGUACUCACACCAUUUAAUGGCAGAAUUCAGAAUAAGUAAGCACAUGAUUUGUAGCUAUUUACUGAGAUGUUCUACAUGCUCCCUUUUAUGUUGCUGCAUUGCCAUGCACCGUUCGGAAGGAAACAAUGAAACUAGGGCUCCUUCUUCAUUUGGUUUUGCUGAAGGGAUCCAUUAUUAUAAUGAAUGAAAGCAAUGUAAUGAACCUAAUUGAAUUAAGAAAUUUAACAAAAUUAGAUUUAAAAAUUCUGCUUCUUGUUAUUUCAUUAUUUUUGUGACAAAGGGUGAGUCGUAAGUGGAUCCAUGACCACCCUGGGAUUCAUUUAAUUAAUCUGUACUCUGCUGAUGAGGGCAUAUCAUAAACUGUGCCUUAAAUGAGGGGUCUCUCUAGGCUUUUUCUAGAAUCUGACUGAUUCAGCUGGUUUCUUAUUCAACUGUACAAAGGACCUGUACUGUAUCAUUCAUCAACUCUUAUCACUCACAGAGUAAAGUACCUGUGUGCCACCCAGCCCUUGGCUGAUCAGAGUUACUCAAUGACCUCUAUUGCUGUCAUUGCUUUGCUUCCCAGCACACUGUGUGGUGGUGCUUUUACUGUUUUUAGAUACUGGUUUGGGAAACCCUGAGAAGGACCUCUAUUUCAAGGUCAUUUAAAAUGUCUUUAUUCUCUUUUCUUUCUUGUUGGAACUGUCUGCCAUCUUUUCUAUAGGAACAAUAAUCAGUCAUUGGACAGAUUUCUCUGUAGUUGUCUGAAUUUGUCAGAAUGCCUGGACUUUCGGUGAUACCAUCAACAUAUGACCUGGGUC